CCUGCUGUAUUUCCCCACAGUACAUGAAAGCAACCAUGUCCGUGGGAAAUUAAUUCAUGAUAUCCUACAGCCCGUGAAGGCAGCAGAAACGCGCGGAAACAAUCAUGGCUGAAGCAUGUGAGGGGCAGGUUGUAAACCCACCACCCAAGCGCAGACGUAUCCUGAAUGCAAAAGCUAUCAAGCCAGUGCCAGUCUACUCAAAUAAGGUUAACAGCAGUCUGCAGCUUAGACCGGUGGCAUCAGCUAUAAGUAAAAAUGAAGAGACAGAUGAUGGUGCAGACGACAGUUUGUGGUCAGAGUUUCCAUCUAAAGAAAAAUCUGCAGCCGUUGUCUACCUCAGUGAGUCCGAGGAGGAUGAAGCAGGCUAUGCAGCGAACCAAAGACAACAGAGGCAAAUAGAGACUGUAAGCUGCCCAUCUCCUCCACCUCUAAGUCCCAUUCAGAAACAGUCCAGAAAGGUUAAACAGAAGCUCAGGGAACUCGACAGGAAUCUACGUGCAGUGAACUCCCUCCUUUCUCCUGUGUGUCAAAACAGGACGAGCUCCAGACACACCCAAAGUUGCACGUCUUUGAUGUUAGAGGAAGAACAAGAUGAUGAGGAUGUAGUCAUAGUUACCCCGGGGUCUGACACUUUCCCAUACAGCUCAUUGGUUCGGGAGAUCCCUCUCAAGAUCCGUUGCAGAACAGACAUCCACAAGAUCCCUGUGUUAUCUUCAACGCCUUUAAGUGAUGUAGUGACUCAGCUGUCGGUCAUCCUGAAUGUUCCACCCCCUCGCCUCAUGUUGUUGAGAGAGGAGCUAGAGCUGCCAACACAGUCGACCGUCAGUGAGCUCGGCCUCAGCAUUGCAGAUAUUAUAGAGUGUGUUGUCAUGGCAGCAGAGGAUAGAAGUGAAGCUGAUGAAGGCAGUAACAUCACUCUGAGACUUCAUGGCAAAGACAGAGACUCAUCUCAAGAGUUUUCAUUGCACAAAGAUGCACCAUUGGGCUCCAUCUUCUCACAAUACUUGUCCAAGAUGCCUGUAAGCGUCCAGAGAAAUGUCCGCUUCCAUUUUGAUGGCUCAAAAGUUACACACAGCCAGACGCCAGCUCAGCUCAGCAUGGAGGAUGGAGACAUAAUUGAAGUUUGGACUUAAAGAUUUACAUUACAUGAUCAUAGACACAGCUUGAACAGAAGCUCCAGUGUACACCCAUGUGCUUCUUUACUGGAGGUACCUGCAUAGUUUGUGUAAUUAAAAACUUCAUAAAAUGAUUUACAGGCUUCAGUUAUGAGCCUAAAGUUCAAAUCUAAUUUACACACUUAAUUAUUUAAUUAGUAAUAAUUUAACAUAAAAUACAAAAGACACAGACCUGAUUUCAGUGUAAAAAUAUGACUGAAUGUUACUCAUUCAAAAAUAUGACUGAAUGUUAUUCAUUCAGUCAUAUUUUGUAAAAUGUUACUUGGUUACUUUAUUUGUAUAUUUUGAAAAUGCAAUGUUAUUUAAAAGUGUUUUAGCUGCCCUGAAAACAAAAAAACAAAAAAUGUCAGGACCUUCCAUGGUUUAUUCUAAACUUGUUUAGCAUUUUUCAUUGUAAAACAUCCUUGUCUUAUUACUUCUUGCAUGUAACAUGCUUGUGUAAAUAAUAAAAUGAGUGCUUGAUAAUAA